AUGCUAGAGAGCUUGCCGAUACUCUUCGAUGGCGGAAUCGCAACGGCGACAGGGUUUGAGGACAUCGUCUCUUAUCUGCGAAAUCAUCCUGCAGUCAGUGAAGAUCUGGAUGCAGACCUAAACGACCGGCAGCAGAACGACCGAACUGCAUAUAUUACUUUCUUGCGAUUGACAGCCACUCCCCUCAUCGACCUCUCGCUCUUCGUCUCCGCGGAAAAUUACAAUACCACUACCUCUGCUGCAUACACAGCCAUACUACCAUGGUACGCCAACUACACCGUUCCGCCCAAACGUAGAGAACUCGCAAGAACGCGGACGGCUCAUAUGGGCCUGGAUAGUCUAGAUGUGGACUCAAGAGCUGAGGAAACCAUGGCACCCGGCCGAGGCACCGCAUCGGCAGAGUUUGAGGCUGCGAAGCGGGCAGCUGGGCUCCCGACUGACAGUCAGCCAAGCAUGAUGAGCAUGGGACGCGGCAAGGGAAUUGGAGGUUUCCUAGGCACUCCAAAGUAUGCUGCGCGAUUUAGGCUCGAUGCUGCGUCGAACGAGCUGUUGGAGCCAUUGUCAGAUCUCCUUGGACGAAACGAUUAUCUGCUUGGUACAGCACAGCCUUCCAGCCUCGACUGUCUUGCCUUUGGCUACCUGGCAGUGAUGUUGUACCCGACCGUGCCACAAGCUUGGCUGAAGGAGGCAGUAUCGAUAAAAUUCCCAAGGCUUGCCACGUACAUUCACGCGCUGCGCAAAGAUAUCCUCACCAACGAAGACGUGAGCGCGGCUCAAAUAUGGGCCAUUGGCACCGGCUCAACGACUUCAGUGACAGAGGAGUCGCAAAGAUUACUUUUGCCAUGGACGGCCAGGUCGCAGAGCUUCACAUCACACACACUCACUGGCGUCCGAGAGGUCAUUGGGAGCAUUCCAGUCGUAUCCUCACUUCUGAAACGUGAGACUAUUUGGCCUGCAGAACCAUUACUACCCUCGAGUCGCACACUGUCCGCUUUGCCGUCGCCAUUAUUUGUCAACACUUUGCUCGGCUUCACGGCCGCAGUAGCUGUAGGGUUUGCGUCUUUUGCCAUUCAGCACCGCCGGUCGCCCCGGGAGGGGGAUCUUAUAUUCUGGGCACUGCGCCCAACUGUUGGACUCGGAGAAGCCGGUAACAUUCUUAGCGUCCUGGGCCAACUACCCAGUGGAGGAUUUUCUCAAUUCUGA